AUGCGUAUAUACCCUGCUGCUCCACUCUUGUUACAUGAGUCUGGAAAGGAUUGUAUGGUGGGAGGUUACCGCAUACCAAGUGGUACAAUGCUACUGAUGAACGUGUGGGCGAUACAAAAUGAUCCAAAGAACUGGGAAGACCCUGAAAAGUUUAAGCCAGAAAGAUUCCUAGGGUUAAAAGGUACGGGAAAUGGGUAUAACUAUAAGCUAAUGUCAUUUGGGACCGGAAGGAGGAGGUGUCCAGGAGAAAACUUGGGAAUGCGUAUGAUCGGGUUGACGAUGGCUACGCUUAUUCAAUGCUUCGAGUGGGAAAGACCGACCAACGAGAUGAUUGACAUGACCGCAGGAGUAGGAUUGAUCGCACCAAAAGCUAAACCCUUGGUGGCGAAGUGUCAGUCCCGUGGAAUGAUGGCCAAACUGUUAUCUCAGAUGUGA